GUUUACCAUGAAUGAAAAUUGUUGAAGACAAAAUUUAAUUCAAUAAAUUUGUCCCUCUCUAAUAGCUUAAGUUUUCAGAUGAGGUAAGUAGUUCAAUAUGGUAUUAAAAUGAGAAAAAGGUCCUAACUUCAGUCUUUGUGACCCUCAUUAAGAAAUUUGUGCACACAUGAGGCCCUAAUAUAAAUCCAAGGACGCAUGAGGGGGCGUGUUGAAAACAAACUUUUAAUAAAUGAAUUUGUUUCCCUUCUAAGAGAUUAAGCUUCUACAUGAAGUGGUUCAACACAAAUUUCUUUUGUUGGGAGUAUAAUGUUGUCGUUUAUAUUAAAUAUGAGAACCGAAUAUUUCUUACCUUCAAAAUAUUAUCUAGAAUUGAUUAUGGAAGUUUUAGCCAAGAUUAACCUAGUUCUCAUGCGGGUUGCUAGUCAAGCCUUAUAAACUGCUACUUGUAUGGUGCAAUGCAUUAUAGGUAGACCUUUGAAGUUUUACAAUCGAGUUAUAAAGGUGCAUAUGUUUCUUGUUUGGACAGACUCUUGAGGAUAAUUCAGAAAGUCUUGGAUAUGCUUCCAACAUUAAAAAAUCACCAUAUUCAAUCUAUGAAAAAUCACAUUACUACUAGAUAGGAAAUAUUCUUAUUUAUCUUCAGCAUGGAAGUUAAUAAUUUAUAUGUCCUGAAAUUGCAGUAACGUCUAUUUCCUUUGUAUUCACAGUUAACUUCUUGUAUCAUGAACAGGUUAAUGACAAUCAUAUCUGUUUUUCUUGGACGAACUUUUCACUUUGUUGAUGGUAUCCUCCCAUUCAGGUUUGGUGGUGCUGAUUUACCCGUUGAUGAUCUUGCUGCAGUUUGUCUUCUGGUAUAUUUUGGUAUUUCAUCCUUGAUUGAAGCCUCUUCUGGCGAUGGCCUAAAAGCAGGAGAAGAACAAAAGGAGGUGAAUCUUCUGCUAAUUAAUGACAAAAUCUAGUUGAGACUUCAGCCAAAAUCAAUCCUGAUGAUAUGUUUUUACACUUUCAAGAUGUUACAUGAAAUAGCAAAUUGCGCUCCAAGUUGCAUGGUUGUCCUAUGGUUAUGAUACAAGUGGACAUUUUACUUUUAAUAAUUUUUGCAUUUACGCAAAAGGGAUAAAUUUAAUUUUAUCACCAAUAAAGAUCCAGUCACGUUUCUGCAUCUUUAUCUGAGUUUUCAGUGUUAUAUUAGUCCAUUAUAUACGUAUUCAAGUGUGGAACUAAACUUAUAAUCUUUCUUUCUUUCUUCUUUCUUUGGUAAAUGAAUUAUCACUCAGAGUUCAUCCAACUUUUCAUGCACUAAUAAUUUACUGAAUUGUUGAAUAUUCAUGAGAAUUUGUAGAAGAUUCAUCGUGUCUUCACAAUGCUUAAGUGUUGAAUUUUUUUGUAAAAGGCAUCUUAGAUUCUAUUGGAGUAUAAAAUGUAGGAAUAAUUCGCUUGUACAUUCUUUUGUUUACAUUAUGGUUGACACUCCAUUGACUUUCAAAUUGAAAUGGGCGGGAAAGUGUGCUUCAUUUUAAAAUUGUCCACUCAUGUUACGACACAUCACAUAAUGUCAAAAAUGAUGUCAAAUAAAGUGUACACGUAGCAUGAUUGUAAAAUGUAUUAAUUAGAAGCAAGUAGAUUAUCUAGGUUGAUAUGUUCAAAUAUUUAUACUGCACGUGGUAUUGAGAAGAUCAAGCAUGCAAAUGGUUCUUUAGUG